AUGGAUGAUAGCCUUCUGCCAACAAGUACAAUAAGUUUUAGACAUACAGUUAAUGGCCACUCAAAAGAUGUGAUUGGACUAUCUAAUGUGACGGACAGUGAAAUAUUGGACAAACUGAAUGACGAAAUUAAAAGGGCUGUCACACCUGUGUCGGUUUUUGUUGGAAUUGAAGCAUUUCUGGGGUUCUUUGGCAAUUUAUUUGUACUGUACGUGUUCAUAAAACGUUACCAUGACUGUAACUUCCGCUACUUCGUGCUGUGCCUGGCGGUCUUUGACUUUGUCAGCACGCUGACCACAAUGCCUGGGGAAAUUCUCACGCAGCAGUACUGGUACAAGUACCCGUUCCCCGUCAUCUGCAAGGUCAAGUCCUUCUUCAAUGUGUUCACGGUGUCAGGGGAGGCCUUAUGUCUGUGUACCAUCGCCGUAGAUCGCUACCGGAAAGUGUGUGCUCCAUUUGGAUGGCAGAUUAGGCCUCGCCAAGCGCUUAUUAUGUGCGGCGUCAUAAAUGGCGCGGCGUUCGCCCUUUCACUUCCGGUCUCGUUUCUCUGGGGAAUACACCAGGAUAUCAGGAUAUACAAUGGUAGAAACGUUUCCGUAACGAUCUGUGAAAAGGAUGCUCAUUAUGUAGACAGCAGUCAGCCGUUCGCUUACGUGACAUCAGUGGAAGUCAUAAUUGGUAUAUGCUUGGUGAUCAUGCUCGUUCUUUAUAUACUGGUAGCAAAGAAACUCAUCUUAGGUCGCCCGUUGGCUCAAACGCGCCAAAACUCCGGAGCGCCUAUGGUUUGCAAGUCGCCAGCCCAACAGACAAAAUCAAAACAAAAUACCGAGACUAGCGAUGGACAUGUUGUAACCAUUUCCGACGUUACGACUAAGAAUAGAAUAGCAAUGAAAGAGAUAAGUACAGCGGAAAUGAGGUCUAUCGAUGACGAGAGUGAACCAGUUGACGUCAAUGAUGUUUGUUUUUCGGACGCCGAAACAACGUGUGACGCUGGGACGUCGGAAGAAUGUCACAAACAACAGGUGCGUCGUCGACGUCGGGAAAUAGCAAACCGCGUUCGCCGGAAAACGUACAUCAUGUUUGUUCUGACAAUCAUAUUUAUUAUCACGUCAAUUCUUUAUAUGACAUUAUUAGCGUUUAUAUCAGGAAGUAUCUUAAAACGUUUGAAUGACUAUGAGAAGGCCGUGUAUUUCUUCUUUUUAAGACUAGUGUUCAUAAACCAUGUUAUCAACCCUUUCGUAUACGGCUUUCUUGACCCUCAGUUUAAACAAAUAUUAGGAGAUGUUAAAAACAGGGUAUUUAAAAUAGUAAGGAAACGGUGA